UUCUGAAGCUCAGGGGCCCGUUGCGGCGGCGUCAAGAUGGCGGCGGCGGUGGCAGCGGCGGCCGCGGCGGCGGCCGCGGCGGCAUCUCUCCAGGUGCUGGAGAUGGAGAGCAUGGAUACUGUCGCCGCCGGUUCGGCGGUCCUGUCUGCCGACGUCCGAGGCAGUAGCGCUUUGGACUUCGGGCCCGGGAUCUCCGCCAUGGAGGCGAGCGGGGGCGAUCCAGGCCCAGAGGCCGAGGACUUCGAGUGCAGCACUCACUGCUCCGAGCUGUCCUGGCGGCAGAACGAGCAGCGGCGGCAGGGCCUGUUCUGCGACAUCACCCUGUGCUUCGGUGGGGCCGGAGGUCGCGAGUUCCGUGCCCACCGCUCGGUGCUGGCCGCCGCCACCGAGUACUUCACGCCCUUGCUCUCCGGCCAGUUUUCCGAGUCGCGCUCCGGCCGGGUGGAGAUGCGCAAGUGGAGCUCGGAGCCGGGACCCGAACCUGACACGGUGGAAGCCGUUAUCGAGUACAUGUACACCGGGCGCAUCCGAGUGAGCACCGGCAGCGUGCACGAGGUACUGGAGCUGGCCGACAGAUUCUUAUUGAUUCGUUUAAAAGAAUUUUGUGGAGAAUUUCUGAAGAAAAAACUUCAUCUCUCAAAUUGUGUGGCCAUUCAUAGUUUAGCCCACAUGUACACCCUAAGUCAGCUUGCUAUGAAAGCUGCAGAUAUGAUCCGGAGAAAUUUCUAUAAAGUCAUUCAGGAUGAAGAAUUUUAUACUUUACCGUUCCAUCUCAUUCGAGACUGGCUUUCGGAUUUGGAAAUUACCGUGGAUUCUGAAGAAGUUCUUUUUGAAACAGUUUUGAAGUGGGUUCAGAGAAAUGCUGAAGAGAGAGAGAGAUACUUUGAAGAACUUUUUAAAUUGCUCAGGUUGUCCCAGAUGAAACCCACCUACCUUACACGGCAUGUCAAACCAGAGCGUCUGGUGGCCAAUAAUGAAGUUUGUGUCAAGCUGGUGGCUGAUGCAGUGGAGAGGCAUGCACUCAGAGCAGAGAAUAUACAGUCUGGCACACUCCAGCAUCCCAUUUCCCAUGUCUCACUCUUACCUCGCUACGGACAAAACAUGGACGUAAUCAUGGUUAUUGGAGGUGUGUCAGAAGGAGGAGACUAUUUAAGUGAAUGUGUGGGAUAUUUUGUUGAUGAGGACAGAUGGGUAAAUCUGCCCCACAUUCAUAAUCACCUUGAUGGACAUGCUGUUGCAGUAACAGAAUCUUACGUGUAUGUUGCUGGCUCGAUGGAACCUGGCUUUGCUAAGACUGUAGAAAGGUACAACCCAAACUUGAAUACAUGGGAACACGUUUGUAGUCUGAUGACGAGAAAGCAUUCUUUUGGGCUAACAGAAGUCAAAGGGAAGCUGUAUAGCAUUGGAGGACAUGGCAAUUUUAGCCCCGGCUUUAAAGAUGUGACUGUUUACAAUCCCGAGCUUGAUAAAUGGCACAACUUAGAAUCGGCACCAAAGAUUCUUCGAGAUGUCAAAGCACUAGCUAUUGAAGACCGGUUUGUGUACAUUGCUGCCCGCACUCCUGUGGACCGGGACACCGAGGAUGGAUUGAAGGCUGUAAUUACUUGCUAUGAUACAGAGACUCGACAGUGGAAAGAUGUAGAAUCUUUACCACUUAUUGACAAUUACUGUUUUUUCCAGAUGUCUGUGGUCAAUUCAAACUUUUAUCAGACAGCAUCUUGCUGUCCCAAGAGUUAUUCUUUAGAAAACGAAGAGGCAGUAAGAAAAAUUGCCGGUCAGGUGUCUGAUGAGAUCCUUGAAAGCUUGCCUCCAGAAGUCUUGAGCAUCGAAGGAGCAGCCAUUUGCUAUUAUAAAGAAGAUGUCUUCAUUAUUGGAGGCUGGAAAAACAGCGAUGAUAUUGACAAACAGUAUCGGAAAGAGGCCUACCGGUACUGUGCUGAGAGAAAGAGGUGGAUGCUCCUUCCUCCCAUGCCUCAGCCCCGUUGUAGAGCCACCGCUUGUCACGUCAGGAUCCCCUACCGAUAUUUGCAUGGCACACAGAGAUACCCUAUGCCUCAAAAUUUAAUGUGGCAGAAGGACCGCAUCAGACAGAUGCAAGAGAUACACCGGCAUGCCCUGAACAUGCGGAGAGUGCCAAGUUCCCAAAUUGAAUGCUAAACUUGCCGACGUGUGCAGCUGGAAACUGUUCUCCCCAUCCCGUGGGGCUGGAGAUGCCUGGACUGUUACUUGGAAAAGUAUGUCAGUAACUUAUUUUCUACUUGGACUUAUUACCCUAUAACGGAAGAUAGUUAAAAAAAAACAAACAGGAAACUCAGUUUAGUGUGGUAAUUUUUGUUAACUUACAGUCCUGUCUUUAGUUUGUAUACUGACAAAUAAGAUCUUAUUAAAGAGAAGUGGGGGAAAGCAAGUCUAGUAACUUGGCCUUUUUUUCUGCCAACAACUGUAACUCCUUUGUUUUAGGGACCUAUAUUUUGGGCUUUAAGCACCAGUAUUAUUUGCACAUUUACUUUGAUAUUCCUUUACAUUUUGUGUAGAUUGUUUGUUUUCAGUGAUAUCAAUUUAUGCAUUAAGUUCUCAUCUGCAGGAGUCAUGUGCAAUAGUGAGACUGGAUCUGAAGGUAAAAGCACAAUGUUUCAGCAAGAUUGAUCUCAGAACGUUGGCGCUCACGUUUGUUGUAUGUGUUUAUAAAUGCUGUUUUGUUCCUUGGAAAGGGUGACCAAUGAGAAGUUUGUGAUUGACACAUCAUCUGGCUUUUGUUUCUGCCACAGCUAUUUGUAGACUUGAAGCCAUCAUUCUGAGAUGAGAAUUGGGGAGGUAUUAGUAUUUAGCUGAUUGACUAGAGAGGAAGUUACACAGGUGAAGUUUGUUUCUCUAAAAAAAGUGUUCAGUGUAGCUGAGAAAGCAAGUGAACAACAUUUUGAAACACUUUGAAGGGUUGUGACUGAGCUGAGGAGGAUGCAGCAUGCCCGUGACAAUCACACGUGAUGCCUUCAGUUCGUUUUUUGCUCCAUUGAAUAUUAUAUAGGGUCUUCAUCAGUUCUUUCCACAAGAAAAACUUUCAAAAUGGCAAGGAAAGUAAGAGUUUAGAAAAUACUCCUCUAAGAGAAGCCAUGUUAUUUCUGGCCCUUGAUUGUCAUAAUAUUGUACUGGAUUACCGUAGACUUUUACCAAAUCUGAGUACAUAGUUUUGGCUUUUAAAAAUUUAAGGCUUUCACAUAACACAUUUAAUAGGAAAAUGUCAAAAGGUUAAAUAAAGACUGUCAUCUUUCAGAAAAGGUUUUUAAUCUAUACAUAUUAUUAUUACUCUGCCUAAAGUAGUCGUAGUUUUUUUGAGACAGGGUCUCUCUAUUUAGCUGUGGCUGGCCUGGAGCUCACUAGGGUAGACUAGGCUUUGACCGUACAUAGAUCCUGAGGGGAAAGCUUCCAAUGAUAAGCUACAAUGAUACUGUACAUUUUUUCCAGUGAGUUGGGUUCCCCGCAUCCACUUCAGGCAGCUCACAAGCCUCUAUAACUCCACCUUCAGGGGAUCUAAUACCCAUGGCCUCUGUGGGGACCGCAUUCAUUCACAUGGACAUAUCCACAUGCAAACACAAACACCUAAUUAAUUAAAAAUUGGGUAUGGAAGUGCUCACCUGUGAUCUUAGCAUUUGGGAAGCAAAGGCAAGAAGAUUAGGAGUUCUGAGCCAGUCUAGUUAGUACACUUGUGAGACCCUGCCUCAAACUAACCAACAACAAAAGGGUAACUAAUAACAGUGCAUAAAUAAUAUAAAAUAAAGACUCUUGAUGGUUUGUAUUGUAAAUCCGAUUUUUUAAAAAUUUUCUUUAAGAAUGUCUUUACCUUCUCACAUAUUCUGGAAAAGUCCAAGAAGAGUGAUCUAUACUUCCCCGAUUGUACUAGAGUUAACUUUAUUAUGUGAUAAAAUAUCAGAAGCACAACCAGAAAUUUAAGCUAUUUGCUUAAUGCUCUUGGAUUCUGUACUGAUAAUUUUCUUGAAGUGUCUAAAUUAGUGUUCUUGACCCAGAACAAGGGUUAAUAGCGAUAUUGGAAAUGUGCUUUAAAACCAUUUAACUUAAACUGAAGUAAGUCUGGAAAACCACAAGUCCUUUCCGCAUAAAGGAUCUAUUAUCCUCCCCUUUUCCCUUAACUUUUUCUCAGUUUCCAUCCUUUGGGUUUCUUUAGGUUGGUGUGUUUUACAGUGCUGGGAACUGAAUGCAGGGCCUUGCACACGAUAGGGAAACACUCUGCAACUGGGUUGCUUCCCAGCCCUUUUUGUGGUCACCUUAUAACAUAAGCCUUUGGAUUCUGAGAAGCAUUCCUUAGUUGUAAGAGGUCUGUGCAUUGAAGGAAGCUUGCCAUUAUCUCUAAUUGUACAAGCAAAUAAUUUAGUAUUUCAUCAGGAUGCCAACUUUCUCCAGAAGAAUGUCAUAUAUUUUGAUUUUUAACUUUUUGGUCCCAGAAUUGUAUUUUGGGGCUGUCACCAAGUUGUUAAUGGGGCCAUCUUUUUGUCUUUUUUUUCCCCCUUUAUUUUUUGGCAGACAAUAUAACUCCUAAGGUUUAGGUAUAAUCUGGUUUUAAAAACUUGAUUGAAACCACUGUUUUUUUGACUCAGCAGGCAGCCUAGACCCUGGCUGAAUAAAGGGGUAAGUCCUUCCUUGCAUGAUGGUGUGCAGGUUUUCCUGACUACCAAGUUUCUAAUGUUCAUAUGUGAAUUCACGUGUGUGGCUUCACCACCAUAACUUGUGUCUCCUAAAUACUCUAACUAACUUGUUAGGAAGGGAAGAAACCAGAUUUGCUUAAAUCUGUUCAAGGCUGACAUUCUGAAAUUUUAAACUGGACAUAACAAUAUUUAUAAUAAUCGUGCAGGUCUAAUAUAGCUCUUUGUGAAAAGUUAUAAACAUAGCUUUUUUAAAAAAACUUAAAUGUAUUCAAGUGAACCUUUGUUUUUCUUUGUUGGAAAGAACUCGAUUAUACCAAAAGGUACGACUGUCCAUUACUUGGAGUAAGGCUACUUCCACCUCAUAAUGGGCCCUUCCUGUCUACCUUUUAGGUUGAGAAUGUCAGUCGUGAGCUUAGGGUUUAAGCGAUCAUCACUUGCAUGAUUAGUCUUGUGUAUCCUGAUAGCUUUGCUUUUCUGUGCCAGUUCAAAGUAACAUUUUUGCUAAGAACACUUAAAAUUAACUGACAUCAGUUUUGUUUUGGUUACCUGGUUGUGUGUAGUAUUUCUGGGACCAAAAAUUCUUUUAAACUACUGAGCUAUUAAAAUACAGACGCUCAGUCUGAAGCCAGAGAGCGCCUUUGUGUUCAGCCCUGUCAUAGCUGGUAGGCAGGUUCUUUUGCACACUUUCCUCUCUGACUGUAGCAUGUGAUGUGUUUGAAAUACUUUUCUGCUUCCUGAUUCAAGUGUCAACACUAUAAGUAGACUGGAGCUGUGUUACAUAUUUUAGCUACUCAGUCUAAUAAAGUAUACAGGUCCUCUUUCUGGUACCUUCUGAACUAAGCUUACGUGCAAAGGGCAUGUUAGUCACAUUUCAUGUCUUUGAACAUAUAUGGUGUUGUGAAACAUUCGUCUACACUAGAGAAAUGCAGUGUUCCGACCCUAGACUAUUUGAGCAACAAUUCAGUCUGUUCUCAGCCAUUGAACAUUUUGGCACAACUCGUCACUCCGUUUGUUAUUUUCUUGAGCAAAGUCCAUUUUGUUGUUAUACUUACAGCACAUGUUCUGGUCAUAAAACCAAACAGUUGUUAAGAGUUGUAAUACAAUGACGGUAACUUUACAAAGUAGUCAUUUGCUGCGAGGACUUUACUUAGCCGAAUCACUGCUCACUGUAACCCUUACAGAGCUUUUAGCUUACUCUGUGACCCUUGCUAGGAGUGUGGUACCUUGAAGCACUUGUUAAUCAGUUACCCCUCCUGCUUCCUGCACCUGUGAAACACAGUACUUGCUAGGUGUUUGAAGAUUUUACCAUCCAUGAGCUGGGGCUAAUUGUGUUAUUUGUAAAAUAAGUAUUUAGUUUAAAAACAGUUUUCUUGGCUUAGUGGCAUCCAAGCCCCUAUGCAAGAUAGAAUCUUGGUUAUCUCCCUUCAGAUUAGAGGAGAUGUAGUAUUUAGAACCCUGAGAUAUUAUGUUUGUGUUCCUGAAGCUAUCUUGCUCGUGUUCAAGUUACUAAUUGUCUAAAUGUAAGUUUUCAAUAAACGUAUUUCUGUAGA